GAACUUCGAUUCGAUUUGCUAAUUUGCUUUUAUUUUACGUCGUGUCGGAAUUGGAAUACAAAUAAUUUUCCUUGUAUAUCCCCACCGGAAAAUGUUAGUUCUUUCGAUUCACUAAAAUAAUAAUUACAUCAUAUUGUUUGAAUUUUCCUGUUUAUUGGGAAGAAAAAACCGGCGAUAUGUCUAAAUGGCAAUCGGAGAGAAGCAUUCAUGAGAUGCUGAAGGAUACACCACCAAUUAGAGAAUCUAGCGAUUCUAUAAAUUCGGGUACCGAGCCGAAAUUCCCGACGUCCCGAUCUAUGCCCUUCCCGCCUGCAUAUGCUCCACCUGAUGUUUCUCAAAAUGGUGGUGCGGGAACCAGUACGUUGCUACGUGCCGGUUCUACCAAGUUGGAGUCACUGCGUAACUGGAGUGUGUCCACAUACAAAUGCACCAAGCAGAUCCUGUAUGAGAAACUUGGCAAGAGCUCCAGAACUGUUGACACUGAAUUAGAAGCGCAAAUUGAAAUGCUACGGGAGACGCAGCGCAAGUACAACGGAAUAUUGCGGCUGAGUUCAGCGCUGACUCAGCAACUGACUGCUGCUGGGCAUACACAGCGCGCGCUGGGCGAAGCAUUCGCGGAACUUGCGCAAAAAUCACCAGAACUCCAGAACCAGUUCUUAUAUAACGCGGAUACACAGCGAUCACUCACAAGGAACGGCGAAACACUGCUGGCAGCUCUUCAUUUCUUCAACAACUCGUUAAACACGCUCACAAACAAGACCAUCGAGGAUACGUUACUCACCAUACGGCAAUAUGAAGCGGCGAGGGUUGAAUACGACGCGUACCGCAGUGAGUUGGAAGCGAGCGGUGGCAAUCCGCCGGAGUUAUUGCUAGGCAACAUAGAGCGACACCGGCGACAUUACGAACGACUCCGCGAUGAUUCCGCAGUCAAACUGAAGUUACUACACGAAAAUAGAGUGAAAGUGAUGAACAAACAGUUGCUAUUGUUCCACAACGCGGUAUCGGCGUACUUCAGCGGCAACAAUGUAGCGCUUGAAGCGGCCGUGCGACACUUCAACAUACACACGCCGACGCCCACCUCCCCCCCGCCGGCGCUCGCGACCACCCCCACCCCCGCGGUGCCACCCGUGCUGCCCAGAACUGCAUAGGAUAAUACAACGCUUGCAUCGCUGUACGGUCGGAACGCCGGGCUGUGCUCAACAGUUAGUAUGUAGGUCUCUUAUAAAUCGGAGUUGCUUUAUCUAUUAUUUAGGUAACCGAUAUGAUUUGUAGCAAUACCAUGUCUAAUUUUUUUUAUAAAUUUGUGGUAUUCUAUAAUUUACAUUCUACAUUUUAUG